UGAAAUGUAAGAAGUCUAUAGUGUGUGUUUAAGAGAGAGUAAGUCAUACAGCAGAAGAGGACAAAAGGUAAGAGAGAAGUGCAAGGAAGAGGGGGAGAGAGAAAGGGAUAGCGAGCAUAAGAAUGAAGGGAAAGGGAGGGCUGGAGUCAGGCUGAGCUAUGUGCUAAAGCCAGUGCUGUGUAUGAGCAGCCAGAGAAAAGAGCAGAGUGACAGGGAGGCGGAACUCAGAGAGGAGAUACUGGGGCACAAGGCAAAAAGACUGGGACGUGGAGAGACAGAAACAUGGACUGAGUCUGAGAAUGACACAGAGGAAGAAGAACCUGCAAGACAAGCAGCCACAGUGCCUAGGAAGAUGCUUGCUACUUUGAAUAUAUGAUGCCCCGUAUAAUGUCAUCAUGCUGUUACUCCUUCCUUGUUUUCCAUCUUCUUCUGCUAUAUCCACAAUGGAAGGUGCUGGGAUGCCCUGCCAGGUGUGAUUGCACACCCCAUCAACGUUCAGUCAUCUGUCAGCGCAAGCGCUUCACAACAAUCCCAGAAGGUAUUCCCUCUGAAACAAGGCUUUUGGACCUCAGUAAAAACCGCAUAAGGUGCCUGAAUCCUGGUGACUUCUCACCCUACUCUCUACUGGAAGAAGUGGAUCUUAGUGAAAAUAUCAUCUCCACUAUUGAGCCAGGGGCUUUUGCCAAUCUCUUCUUUCUUCAGAUACUUAAACUAAAGGGUAACCAGCUAAAGUUGAUUCCAACUGGAGUCUUCACAAAACUUAGCAACCUAACUUUGCUGGAUAUUAGUGAGAAUCAGAUUGUUAUUCUUCUGGACUUUAUGUUUCAAGAUCUGCGAACUCUGAAAAGCCUUGAAGUUGGGGACAAUGACUUGCUCUAUAUUUCACAGAAGGCCUUCUAUGGACUUGUGUCUCUGGAUCAAUUGACCAUUGAAAAAUGCAAUCUGACCUCUAUAUCCCCAGAGUCACUGUCUUACUUGCAGAGUUUAGAGGUCUUGAGGCUUCGUUACUUAGGUAUAAACUCAUUGGAGGAGCAAAAUUUUCAGAAGCUCUACAACCUCAAGGAACUAGAGUUGGAAGGCUGGCCAUUACUAGAGAAUGUUUGUCAUACAGCUUUUCAAGGGCUUAACCUCACUUCUCUUUCUAUCACCUACACAAAUCUCACAUCAGUGCCAGCAGCUGCCCUGAGGAACUUGGUGUAUCUGGAAUACCUGAACCUUUCCUAUAAUCCAAUCAGAACCAUUCAACGAGGCGCCUUCAAAGACCUUGUCAGACUUCGUGAGCUUCACAUAGUUGGGGCCUCGCUAAGUACAGUGGAGUCCCAAGCAUUUUUAGGGCUUCGACAAAUACGCCUACUCAAUGUAUCUAAUAACUUGUUGGCAACACUGGAAGAAAAUGCUUUUCAGUCAGUCAACACUUUGGAAACAUUACGAGUGGAUGAUAACCCUCUUGCUUGUGAUUGUCGUUUACUUUGGAUCCUGCAGCGCAGAAAAACAUUGAACUUUGAUAGCCACCAACCUGUUUGCGCCUCUCCAGCCAAAAUUCAAGGUAAUGCCCUACGUGACUUCCCUGACUCCAUACUUUUUGAACAUUUCACCUGCCAAAAGCCCAAGAUAAGGGACAGAAAGCUUCAACACAUCACAGCACAUGAAGGGCAGCCUGUGUCUUUCCACUGUCGAGCAGACGGAGAGCCUGUCCCACUUAUUGUAUGGGUCUCACCACAAAGAAGAAUGAUCACCAGUAAAAGUGUGGGGAGAUCUACUGUAUUACCAGAGGGAACACUAGAGAUCCGAUAUGCACAAGUGCAAGAUAGUGGAACAUACAUCUGCAUUGCAACUAAUGCUGGUGGUAAUGACACCUAUUUUGCUACAUUAACAGUUAAAAGUGAUAAUUCCCCCUACUCUAACCGAACAAUGUACUUAUCACAAUACAAUGAUACUUUCCACAAUGACACACAAGUCUUCUUGAAAUUCACUCUAGAUCUGAAAACAAUAUUAGUGUCCACCGCCAUGGGCUGUAUUACUUUUCUAGGGGUUGUUCUUUUCUGCUUCCUUCUCCUCUUUGUCUGGAGCAGAGGAAGAGGACAGCACAAAAACAAUUUCUCUGUGGAGUAUUCUUUCCGUAAAGUUGAUUGCCCUACCUCUGCUGCUGGACCAGGCGGGACAAGAAAAUUUAAUAUGAAGAUGAUAUGAAACAAUUUAUAACAAAAGAGAUUUAAAUGACUUGGACACUGUGAUACUUGCCCAUUAAAUAUAGUUGGUUAAAAGGAGUGCCUGAAGAUACUAAAACAUCAAGUCCAGUCCAUUUGAUAUCUUUAUAUCUGCUUUUUUUCCAACCAAAAGGGCUAUGAACAGGCCUUUGCCAUUCUACCCAUUACAUGGAACAAAAUGGGGUAGUUAC